GCCAUGGCCAGAGGGCACUGGCGCGAUGAUGCUAUGGUGUUGGUGGUGCUUCAUAAGAGCGCGCCGCCCGGCAGCGGGGACGUUCACUUGCUCUGCUCCUCUCCUCCCUCCCAUUCCCAGUCACAGUCUGCUGCGUGCAGAAGCCCCGUUGCCUGAGCACCGCGCAUUCCUACUAGUACAGUGGAGUAGCCUGGCAGUGGUUCUCCGAGCGCGACGGCAGCACGCCCAAUUUGCGGCCUGCAAUCAACCACCGCCCGAGCCCUUUACCCGGGUCGUACGCGCUGGCAUAAGACUGCAACCUCCUCCGGCCUACGUCGUGCCCCUCAGGCUCCUGUUGCAAGACGCCAUCACGCAUUGAGCUCCGCCGCACCACAGACUCCCCCCUGCGGCCGCGCGCUUCGCCAACUGAACAUGUCCGACGGCGACACCAAGCCGCCCGUGGUGCACGAGGCCCACGAGGUCGACACCUUCCACGUCCCCAAAGCCUUUUACGACAAGCACCCGCACACCAAGCCGCAUCUCGACGGCCUCGAGCACUACCAGAAGCUGUACAAGGAGUCCAUCCAGGACCCGCACAAAUUCUGGGGCAACCUCGCGCGUGAGCUGCUCACGUGGGAGCGCGACUUCCAGACCGUACACGCGGGCAGCUUCGAGAACGGCGACAAUGCCUGGUUCGUCGAGGGCCGCCUAAACGCCAGCUACAACUGCGUCGACCGCCACGCGUUCAAGAACCCAGACAAGCCCGCCAUCAUCUACGAGGCCGACGAUGCCGCUGACGGCCGCAUCAUCACCUACGGCGAGCUCCUGCGCGAGGUCUCCAAGCUCGCGUACACGCUCAAGGAGAUGGGCGUCCGCAAGGGCGACACCGUAGCGCUGUACCUGCCCAUGAUUCCCGAAGCCGUCAUUUCCUUCCUUGCCUGCUCACGCAUCGGCGCCGUGCACUCGGUCGUCUUUGCAGGCUUCUCCUCGGACUCGCUGCGCGACCGCAUCAUCGACGCAGAGAGCAAGGUGGUCAUCACCACCGACGAGGGCAAGCGCGGCGGCAAGACCAUCAGCACCAAGAAGAUCGUCGACGACGCCCUGAAGCAGUGCCCCAACGUCUCCCACUGCCUCGUCUACAAGCGCACCGGCACCGAUGUCCCGUGGACAAAGGGCCGAGACUACUGGUGGCACGAGGAGGUCGAGAAGUACCCCAAUUACAUCGCCCCUGAGUCUAUGAGCUCAGAGGACCCCCUGUUCCUGCUGUACACGUCCGGGUCUACCGGCAAGCCCAAGGGCGUCAUGCACACGACGGGUGGGUACCUCAUCGGCGCUGCGGCGACGGGCAAGUAUGUCUUUGAUAUCCACGACAAGGACGUGUUCUUCUGCGGUGGAGAUGUUGGGUGGAUUACCGGUCACACCUACGUCGUGUAUGCGCCGCUGCUGCUCGGUGUUGCCACCGUUGUAUUUGAAGGCACCCCUGCGUAUCCCAACUUCUCGCGCUACUGGGAUAUCGUCGACAAGUACAAUGUCAGCCAGUUCUACGUUGCGCCCACGGCGCUGCGAUUACUCAAGCGCGCUGGUGACGAGCACGUCAAGCACAAGAUGAAGAACCUGCGUGUGCUUGGGUCCGUGGGAGAGCCAAUUGCGGCUGAGGUGUGGAAGUGGUACUUUGAGGUUGUCGGAAAGGAGGAAGCACACGUUGUAGACACAUACUGGCAAACGGAGACUGGCUCGCACGUCAUCACACCGCUGGGCGGCGUGACACCCACGAAGCCUGGAUCGGCCUCCCUACCCUUCUUCGGCAUCGAGCCCGCCAUCAUCGACCCCGUGUCCGGCGAGGAGAUCCACGGCAACGAUGUAGAAGGCGUGCUUGCCUUCAAGCAGCCAUGGCCCAGCAUGGCGCGCACAGUCUGGGGUGCUCACAAGCGAUACAUGGAUACGUAUCUGAAUGUGUACAAGGGGUACUACUUCACGGGCGACGGCGCAGGCCGCGACCACGAGGGCUACUACUGGAUCCGAGGCCGUGUAGACGACGUUGUGAACGUCAGUGGCCAUCGCCUGUCGACGGCCGAGAUCGAAGCCGCGCUCAUCGAGCACCACGGGGUGGCUGAAGCAGCCGUCGUGGGCGUCCACGACGAGCUCACAGGGCAAGCGGUCAACGCGUUCGUGGCGCUCAAGGACGGCAACGACAACUCGGACCAGACAAAGAAGGACCUGAUCCUGCAGGUGCGCAAGUCGAUUGGUCCGUUUGCCGCGCCCAAAGCCAUCUUUGUGGUGCCGGAUCUGCCCAAGACGCGGUCCGGGAAGAUCAUGCGGCGCAUUCUGCGCAAGAUCUUGGCGGGCGAGGAGGACCAGUUGGGCGACACGACCACGCUAUCGGACCCCUCGGUCGUCGAUAAGAUCAUUAACGUGGUGCAUUCGGCCAAGAAGAAGUAAGACUGCGUAUAGAGGGGUGCUGAGGCGCUUGAGUGGCGCGCAAGUUUCACUAGCCUUUCACUUCGCGUGGAGGCGAGGGCGCGACGAACGGAGGUGGGUAUGCGCCAACGGGUACCGGCUAGAGGCAUCUGCGCCGGUGUGGCUACGAGCACCUGCACUGGCAGUCAGCGCGGACAAUGUGUUAUUUGGUGUCAGAGAGGAUUGGGCUGUGUCUGCGAUAUCCAGUAGCCGGGCGAGACUCAAAUGUUUAUGUACAAGCAAACAUGCAGUGCGACC